UUUGUUUAGAGGAGUUAUUUUAAUGCAUAGAGUUUCACAUUGGCCAGCAAAAGCUUUUGUUACUUUCUGCCAAAUGGAGGGUCCUUAGCUCUCUCUCCCCUCCCCUCUCUCUAAGCUUCUUCUCUCUGCUAAACCAAACCCUGAAAUCAAUCUUUUUCGUCAGCCACUGAUUCACAACUUUCUUCAGGAGAUUUUUAGUGUGAAUGUCUCCACUUCUCGGUGUUGGAGAGGAGGAUCAGAGCAAUGUCACAUUAGUGGCUUCCUCCACCUCAAUUGACAGUUUAUGCUGCAACAGCUCUGACUUGAAAGAGCGUAACUAUAUGGGUUUAGCUGAUUGUUCAUCGGUGGACAGCUCAGUGGUAUCCAGUGUGUCUGAUGAGGCUAAAAGAAGUAGUCUGAAUCUAAAGGCUACAGAACUGAGGCUUGGGCUUCCUGGAUCCCAGUCUCCUGAAAGAGAUCCUGAACUCUGCUUGCUAAGCUCAACUCAGCUUGAUGAAAAGCAACUCUUCCCUUUGCAUCCAUUGAAUGAUGGUCACUGCUCUUCUACACAGAAGAGUGUUCCGUCAGGCAGUAAGAGAGGAUUCUCUGAUGCUAUGGAUGGUUUCUCGGAGGGCAAAUAUCUCGCUAAAUCAGAGGUAAAGGCGAUGCUGUCCUCAAGGUCUUCUUCGAAUUUGGGACUAAAAUCUGGUUCUGUGCUUGAGAAACUUGGGACUCAACCGGCUAAUGCAAAAGAACCACAAAAGAUAAUACAAGAGAGGUCCCGUGCUGCCGAUGAACCCAGACCAAAUAAUAAUGGUUUUGCAAAUGGUAAUAGCAGUGCACCUGCUACCAAGGCACAGGUUGUGGGUUGGCCACCUAUAAGGUCGUUUAGGAAGAAUUCACUGGCUUCUACUUCGAAGAACAAUGAAGAACUAGAUGUAAAAUCAGUACCUGGUGCCAUGUUUAUCAAGGUCAGCAUGGAUGGUGCUCCUUAUUUGAGGAAGGUGGACUUAAAAAAUUACUCUGCAUACAAGGAACUGUCUUCUGCCCUAGAAAAGAUGUUCAGCUGUUUUACCAUUGGUCAAUAUGGAUCUCAUGGUGCUCUGGGCAGAGAGGUGCUGAGUGAGAGCAAACUGAAGGAUCUGCUUCAUGGCUCAGAAUAUGUUCUUACUUACGAAGAUAAAGAUGGUGACUGGAUGCUUAUGGGGGAUGUCCCGUGGGAGAUGUUUAUUGAUACAUGCAAGAGGUUGAGAAUCAUGAAGGGUUCUGAUGCCAUCGGCCUAGCUCCGAGGGCCGUGGAAAAGUGCAGGAACAGGAACUAGCUAGCUCUGGACAUGAUCCUAUCCUUCCAGUAGCCUACCAAAAGAUCAGGAUAGGGGCAGAAAGGCAAGUUAACCAGAUUUAGUAGGGGAGGACAAUGAGGAAUGGUAGGCUGUCGGACUGGGUAGGAGAUCAUGUGUUGGCUGCUUUUACCAUGUUUCCAUCUUUAUGUUUUUGGUUGCCAUGGAACUAAUGUUCUUGUAUGAGCUGUUUCUAGUUUAUUAUAUUUGUAAGACUCCUAAGACCUUAUGUAUGCGGGAGUACUUUACCUUUGCAGUUUCCUGUUCCUAUACUGCAUGCUUAGUAUGUAAAGUGCAUUAAUUGUCCUGUGAAACGUAAUGCUAUAUGUAAUGUCUGAAUGAUCAAAGGCCUCCAACUUGUCUGUCA